AUGUCAGCACCAGCAUCAUUUGCACAAGCUCGUAUUUGGCUCGACGAAAGAAUUCGAUUCGAUCCCGACAAACCACAAGUAGCCAUCUAUAAUAUGCCUUUUGUUUAUCGUCUCCAAUCGGGUCAUAUUUUAUCGAUUCAACAACUUCGUCAUGCUCUUUAUCUUGCUGUUAGAAAACAUCCUUCACUUCAUACAUCACUUCAUUUUGACAUCGACAAGAAUCUACUCAUGCAAAGAGUUCUUACUCAUGAGAAUAAUAAAAAAAAUAAUAAUAUGUUUUCAAUCAUCGAAACUAUUAAUGAAACAGAUGAACAACUCAAUGACAUUUUACACGAUGAGAAACGUAAUCCUCAUCUUUUUGAUCUUGCAAAAGGUCUUGUGUUUCGAUGUCAUAUUAUUUAUUACAAACAAAUCUCUUCAAAUCAUAUACUUUCUGAUCAGGAUAUGGUCAUUUUAAAUGUUCAUCAUGCUUUGUUUGAUUUUCCAUCGAUGAAUAUAUUUCUUCACGACCUCAAUCAAGCAUAUACAACAGGUCAAUUACUAUAUGAUGAUAGUACUAAUCUUCGUUAUCUUGAUUAUGCUGUUAUUGAACAACAAAUGUCAAUGACUGGCGCAAGCAUGUUUUGGCUUGAUGCUCUUCAUGAUUAUAAACUCGAUAAGUCUUUAUCAUUACCAUUUGAUCGAUAUCGUCUCUCAAAUGAACAUCGAACUGGUCGUGGAACAUCCAUUUCGUUUGAUUUUGGUCAAGAUCUCUCACAUCACUUUCUUACAUAUGCAUCAUCAAAUAACAUAUCACUGGAACAACUUGCACUUGCCACUUACUAUGUGUUUUUGUUCAAAUUAACCAAUGGAGAAAAAGAUUUAUGCAUUGGAAUAAAUACACUUGGUCGAUAUAGAGAUGAACUUAACCCUAUUAUUGGAAUGUUUGUGAAUGCGAUACCUCUGCGAUGUCAACUCGAUCCUCAUUUGUCAUUUCACGAAGUCACAAAACACGUUCAACAUAACAUGAUAAACUGUAUUAAGUAUUCUUAUUUUCCUCUUCAACGUAUUCUCAAUCAACAUCCAAAUAUAUCAAAUCCUGUAUUUCUUGAUACAUCGUUUGACUUUGUAUCAUCCAUGAAAAGAGAUGAGGAGAAUGAAAUAAUGAUUGGUGAUAGUCGACUAUCUUUACUACCUUUUUCAAUUAAGAUUAGUGAAGAUGAAAUAAUGAGUAAAUUUGAUUUUAUUCUUAGUUUUCAACAUGAUCUGAAUCUAAAUGAAUUCUCAUGUACCAUUAAUGCUUCCGUUGAUUUAUUUAAUGCUGAAACAAUUUGUACAAUUACACAAAGAUUACGGACAAUGUUACAUCAACAAUUCACACCUUUUCAUAGUCAAAUAAACAAACCAAUCCAUGAAGUACAAUUAGCAUUACCGACGGAACAAUUACUUUUACAAUCGUUGAAUAAUACACAAAUACCAUUUUCAUCUCCUUUCACUUGUAUCCAUCAUGAAUUUGUGAAUCAAGUAAUGAAACAUCCACAGAAACUAGCCGUUGAACUAGAUGAACAAUCAUUGACAUAUUCUGAACUCUUGUAUUAUGUUCAAGUUUUAUCUUUACCUCUUCUUAAUGAAUAUGAUGUGUUUCCAGGUGAGAUCGUGUGUCAAUGUGUUGAGCGAAGUUUGUCCAUGGUGAUUGGUAUAAUGGCGCUUGAAAUGGCUGGUGGUGUUUAUUGUCCAUUAUCACCUCGAGAUCCACAACAUCGUUUAUAUGCACUCACACAACAAACACAAAGUCAUCUUGUUCUUGUCCAUCAUCUAACUAAGACCAAAUUCGAUGCUGAAAUUAUAUCACUUGAUAUUGAUUCCAUAUUAGUUAUUAAUGAUUUGAAUAAUGACAUGGAUUAUAAUUGUCUUUCAAGUGUGAUAAUGAAAGGUGAAGAAAUAGCCUAUACUCUUUUUACUAGUGGUUCAACUGGAAUUCCGAAAGCGGUUCAACUGAGACAGCAGAAUCUCAUCAAUUCAAUAUUAGGUUUCGUUCGGAUUGAUGCACUACAUGAAGAUGAUGUUACGAUUCAAAUAGCUAGUUCAACCUUCGACGCGCAUAUACUGGAAACUGUAGGAUCUCUAAUCUGCGGUGCGACAAUAGUCAUGCUACACCCACAAGGUAAUAUGGAUUUUCAAUAUAUCAAUCAUAUUUUACAUGACAAACAAGUGACAUAUCUGACCGCGGUUCCGACUUAUCUCAAUCAUUUAUGUGACUUCCUUAAACAAAAUAGAUUUUCUCCAUGGAUACUAAUAAGAAAUAUUAGCUGCGUCGGUGAAUCUGUGUCAUUAGCUUUCAUCAAAGUAUUGAUGCAAUUUGUUGCCCAGUCUUGUCGAAUUUGGAAUCUGUAUGGCCCUGCGGAAGCCACACUUGGAACUUCGUGUCACCUAAUUGAUGUGACCACUCACAUGCAUGAUCUUCCAAUUGGCAAACCACUACCUCGUUACAUAUGUUUACUUCUAAACAGCUUCUUGCAAUCUGUUGUGAUUCAGGAAGAAGGAGAACUACUAGUGGGAGGAGUGGGUGUCUUUGCUGGUUAUCUUGGACGUGAUGAUUUAACUGCAAAAGCUCUCAUUGAAAUAGAUGGUCAACUAUUUUAUCAAACAGGUGAUCUUGUUACAAUGGAUAACAAUGGUCUUCUUCAUUAUCAAGGAAGAAAAGAUCAUCAAAUCAAACUUCAUGGACAAAGAAUUGAACUUGGUGAGAUCGAACGAUGUUUACUUAACAUUACUUCUAUUUCUGCUUGUGUUGUCAUGAAAUGGAAUGAUGAUUAUUUAGUUGCAUAUGUUCAAAGUUCUGAUACUAAUGAAGUCCAACUACGAGAACAUUGCCAAUCUCAUCUUCCACCACAUAUGAUUCCAUCAUUAUUCAUUACUCUGGAUAAACUACCCUUGAAUCCAAAUGGAAAAAUAGAUCGAAAACUUCUUCCACCACCUAACUUUUCAUCAGCGCAUCUCACUAAUCAUGAUGAACUGUUGUUACCAAUGAAUGAGAAUGAAAUCAUCAUUCAUCAAAUUUGGUGCGAUUUAUUAAAACAAAAACAAAUCUCAACUAACACAAAUAUCUUCACUCUUGGUGGUCAUUCACUUGUCAUUAUGCAACUCUUUCAUCAAUAUAAAAUACAUUUUCAUCUGGAAUCAAAUACUCUUUCUAUUACUGUUCUUUUUCAACAUCCAACAAUUAUCGAUCAUGCUCGACUCAUUCAUCAAACUAUGAGUGUGACGAAGAAUAUCAAUGACUAUCAUUGGUCUUCAUUAUAUAUCAUGAAAGCUAAAGCAUCACUUGCUCAAGAACGCAUUUUCUUAGAUGAACAAAUUCGAUUUUCGUCAACACAUAUUAGUACUAACAACAUGUAUGUUAUUCCAUUAAUUUAUCGAAUAUCAUCUAUGAAUGAUCGUAUAUCUAUUUCACAAUUACAACAUGCAUUUCAAUCUAUCAUAAGAAAACAUAAAAUUCUUCGAACAGCACUCUAUCUCGACACAAAUGGUACUAUUAUGCAACACUAUUUAGAUACAAAUGCUAGUAUCAGUGAUAAGAAAUCAUCCAGAUUUUCGAUACUUAAUCUUCCUACUGAAGAACAUGAACAGAAUGAAAUUGUAAAGAAGAUUUUAAAUCAAUCAGAUUUAUUUGAUUUAUCAAAAGGACAUGUUAUUAAUUGUCAUAUUCUUCGUCGUGAUCAGUCAAAUCAUUCACUCACUCAGAAUAAUGAUCUAUUGACUAAAGAUGAUCGAAUACUGUUUACCAUUCAUCAUGCAAUGUUUGAUGGAGCAUCGACAACAAUCUUCAUUCGUGAUCUUUCUCUUGCAUAUCAAUCCAUUGAUUUGCUUCCUAUAGAUGAUAAUUCAUUCCAAUAUAUAGAUUAUUCUAUUUAUGAACACAUAAUGGAUAUGACAUUAUCUCAACAGUUUUGGAUACUAGAACUCAAAGGAUAUAAUCUCACACGUCAGUUAUCGUUACCUGCUGACCGACAACGUUCAUCAAUUAAUCAACAACGAUCAGGUUUAGCUUCUUCAGCUCAAAUCACUUUUGAUGAUGAAAUAUGUAGAUCAUUUCUCACCUAUGCAUCAGCACAUCAUCUCACACUCUUUCAACUUGGAUUAUCCAUAUUUUAUCUCUUCCUAUUCAAAUUAACUCACGGUGAGACUGAUCUAUGUAUUUCUUCUAUCAAUGCAAAUCGAUACCGAAGUGAACUAGUGAAUAUGAUUGGAAUGUUUGUAUCAACAUUACCACAUCGUGUUGAACUUGGUCCUCAUUGGUCAUUUAAUGAAGUAGUUAAAUAUGUACAAGAAAAAUGUUUAUCAAUUCUUGAACAUUCUCAUUAUCCAUUACAACAUAUUCUUAGUGAUCUACAUCUCACUCAAUCAAAUGUAUCAUUUCUGGAGACAAUGUUUGAUUUCAUUACUAUCUCAAAAGAAGUUAGUGGUUUAUGUUUGAAUGGCGUCAGUCUAGAACAAGUUUCGCUACAAGAAUCAUAUGAAAUGGCUAAGUUUGACUUUUCAUUAAACCUUAUAUACGAUCCAUCAUUAGAUGAUCAUCAAUUGUCUUGCUCUUUUGUUUGUUCAAGUGAUUUAUUUCAUGGAGCAACAGUUGCGGUAAUAGGUCGAAGAUUUCAACAUGUUUUAGAACAUCUUUUUUCGUCAAAAUCAAGCACAAAUUGCAUGGAUUUAUAUUGCACAUCUAUAUCAAAACUUGAUCUUAUUCUACCAGAAGAAGUUGAAGAAAGACAAGCAAUAAUCUUCCAUAGGUUGGAUAAUAUUAUUAAUGAAGGUAUGCUUAGUUUUUAG